AUGCUCUCUGGAAGAGAAGAAUAAGACAAAAAUAAUACUAAAGUAUACAUCUCAAUUUAUCAUUUUAAAGUGUGGAAAAGGAAAUGCUGAAAGUGAAUAAUUACCUUAAUACUUAAGAUCUUCUUAUUCAUAAACUUAUUAAUAAUUAGAACCUACUAAAAUUUUGAAGGGAAAAAAGGUGUCCUGAUAUUUAUCAAUUUUAGGUAUUUCCCUAAUUUGCUUAUGGAAAUUCUCAUGAAGCUCCAACUUAUUUUAAACUAUCUAAUUCUUUAGUCUGUCGAGAAAGCUAUGAUAAUCCAUAUAUUAAGAAUAAAGUACCUCCGUUAAGCAAAAUUGAUUCUCUUAAGGGAAGCACUCUUAAUAAUUAUGAAUUUUAUAAUGUUUCUGAUUAAAGAUUCACAAAUAGAAAACCUACAGGUUACAUUACUAAUAAAAUAACUGAGUAUAAAAUUAAUUCUGACAUUAAGUACAAUAACAAAUUAAGUCAAAAUUGUAUAAAAACCAUUAAAUGAUGACAAGGAUCAAAUCUUUACUUUUGAAAAUGCUUACAAAUCUAUUUAAGAUAAACUUUUCAAUAAAAAACGAGGUACUUUUUCAAACUUAUUUUUAAGAACUUUUUACAGAUUUUGUCGAAAAAAAUGAUUUACUCAAUGUCUAUGGACCAUUAAAUAUGAGAACAAGACCAAAAGAAUUUAGAGAAGUUAAAAAUUAUGCUCUAGAUUCUUAAUAACUUAAAUUAUUGAAAGAAUAAAGAUCUAGAUAAUAAAUCACUCCAACUAAUAGAAGUGGUUUCUCUGAUCUUAUUAAAACUGUUAGACUCCCUACUAUAUCUAAAAUGUAAGGAUUAGAUACAGAUAAAUAUUAUAAUAAAGAUUAAAAUUAUCUCAAUUAAUUAACUAAUUCAAUCAUUGUUGAAAAAAUUGAUUAGAAUAUCAAACAUAAAAAUAAAACUCUCUAAAGUUUCAAUAAAAAUAAACAUUCAACCAAAAAUAAUACAGAGGAUUCUGAAAAUAUGCAAGGAAUUAUUGAUAUAUUUGAAAAGCAUUUAGAAUUCGAAAAAUAAUAUAAUGGUUGA